UCUUCCAUGGAUGAUUCAGAUCCUCAACAAUCCAGAAACAAGAAGAUCAAACUCACCCAUGACCACCAUCAAGAUGGAACCUUGAUCGAUAACCACUCAUCUGGCUUCCAGAUUUUGCCCAGAGAUGUACUUCUCGAUGUUCUCACCAGGCUGCCGAUAUCCUCACUCAUCCAAUUCCGGUUCGUAUCCCAUUCUUGCCACGCCUUAUCGCAUGACCCUGAACUGCCGCGGCUCCACCACCCCACGGCGGAGCAGGCAGACCCUAUCUUGCUCUUCCACUGCGAUUAUCCCAUCCGUAACCAGCUUUACUUUGUUGGCUACGACGGUGGCGACAAGAUUGUACGAAAGAUAUCCACACCCUUUUCCGUUUCCAUGCCGGAAUUCAACGUCGUCGGCUCUUGCAAUGGCUUGUUGUGUUUGUCCGAUUCGCUCUACGGCGAACCCGUCUACGUGUUCAACCCCUUCACCAGAAACCAUCUAGAGCUGCCGAAAUCUCAACAGUUCCAGGACCAGGAGGUGGUGUUCGGGUUCGGGUUUCAUCCGGUUACGAACCAGUAUAAGGUUGUUCGGAUCGUAUAUUACCGGACGCCACGUCGGUUAAACCGAAGCAACCGGAGUUACCCAAAGUCCGAGGUUUACGUCUUGACCAUUGGCGAACCGAAGUCCAACGGUUGGAGAUGUCUUGGGAAAAUGCCAUACCAUCUGGACCGGCAAGCAAAGGAAGUGGUGGUGGUGAACGGGCGACUCCACUGGGUGAGUCGCCUGGGCCGGCUAGGUGGGCUUCCUGGUCGAACCAUUGUGUCGUUCGACCUGAAAGACGAACAGUUUAAACUCAUCUCCAAGCCCGUUAACCGAAGCAACUAUCACUUAACGGUGAUUGGCGGGUGUCUGGCAGCGGCGGUGUCGUGUGGAUACGGGAAAUUGGAGAUUUGGGUAAUGGAGAAAUACGACGUGAAAGAAUCAUGGACGAAGCAUUUCGACAUCCACGGGGCGUAUUUGGCGAAAAUCCCGAGUAACGAUUACGGGUUGUGGCGGAAACCGAUGCACGAGAAGAUGGUUCGGGUUCUUUGUGUGUUGAAGAAUGGGGAGAUAUUGAUAGAGCAUAGAGGAGGGAGUUUGGUGAAAUAUGAUCCAAAAUGGAAGGAGUUUAAGGAUGUUGUGUUUCAUGGUAUGCCUAAGUUGUUUCAAACAAUUGUACAUGUUGGCAGCCUUAAUUGGACUCAUACACCAAAAUAACCUCUAAAUUCCAAAAAUAAACGAGUUAAUGAGUAUGUAAUGUAACUAAAAAUUCGUUUUU